AUGGUCGUUAUCAUCACCACAUUACUCCUGCCGUCUCUCGUUGUCCCCAAGGAUCUGUGGCCCACCGUGAACGUGACAUUUGAGAACGAGGUCCACCACGCGGUGGACCUCCUUUGCAGCUUUGAGUCCACGCCUCGGAUUAGGACGUUGAUGCCUGGCGAUAUGGCGUGGUGGACGGUGAAGGAUGUGUUGUUUCCGGCCGUAUGGUGCUACCUACAGGUAACUGAUGACUUCUUCGGAUUGUUCUGGGGGUACUUUGUCAGCAGGAAAUGUGGCGAUGGGAGCCACUGCCGGUGGAGGAUUAAAGAAGAUGGGUUGUAUUAUGUGCAGACAAAUGGGGAAUUGCAGUACCAAUGGUUGUACUAUGGUAGCGGCGGGUUCGUUUGA